AGGAACAGCUAAGCUCCUCGGUUAAGAAACAUGCGCACUUGGUAGCUUUUGAGUGUUGAAAGUGGGCAUGCGCAAUUAGGAGGGUUGGUCCUCCUAAGUUUGAACGUGAUGGAAACCGCGGGCCGAGGACUGUUAGCUGCUGACCUUUUUUGAGGUAACAGGCCUGCUUUGUGGCCCAGGAUGUCAAUAGUAACAGUGCAGCUUGGUCAGUGUGGCAACCAGAUUGGUUUUGAAGUGUUUGAUGCUUUAUUUAGUGAUUCACACUGUUCCCAGGCAUUCUGCUCUAAGAGAGAAAAUGAAACAUAUCAAGCAUCUUGCAAAGAAAGAUUCUUCAGGGAAGAGGAAAAUGGAGUUCCAAUUGCCCGGGCUGUACUUGUUGACAUGGAACCUAAAGUUAUCAAUCAAACAAUAUCCAAGGCUGCCCAGUCUGGCCAAUGGAAGUAUGGCCAGCAUGCAUGCUUCUAUCAAAAACAAGGUUCUGGAAACAACUGGGCCUAUGGUUACUCUGUCCAUGGGCCCAGGCACGAAGAAUCAAUAAUGAACUUAAUCCAGAAGGAAGUGGAGAAGUGUGACUCUCUGAGUGGCUUUUUCAUCAUCAUGAGUAUGGCUGGUGGCACAGGAUCAGGGCUGGGAGCCUUCCUUACACAGAAGUUGCAAGAUCAGUACACACACUCUUUGAAAAUGAAUCAGAUUAUAUGGCCUUAUGAAACUGGGGAGGUCAUUGUUCAGAACUACAACUCCGUUUUGACCCUCUCUCACCUGUACCGAUCUUCAGAUGCCCUCCUUGUUCAUGAGAAUGAUGCUGUCCAUAAAAUCUGUGCCAAACUAAUGAAUAUCAAACAGAUCUCCUUCAGCAAUAUAAAUCAAGUCCUUGCGCAUCAGCUGGGCAGUGUGUUCCAGCCGACUUAUGCUACAGAAGGCUCACUUCACUACCGAAGAAAUCCACUAGGAGACUUGAUGGAGAGCUUAGUUCCCCAUCCUGAAUUCAAGAUGCUGAGUAUCCGUAACAUUCCUCAAAUGUCUGAGAAUUCUCUGGAAUACAGCACAUUUACUUGGGCUGGCCUCCUCAAGCACUUGAGACAGAUGCUCAUCUCUAAAGCGAAAAUGGAAGAAGGUAUUGACUGGCAAGUACGGCCUCCUUUAGCAGGACUUCCGCCUCUUGGCAAAAUGUGUCUCAACAAGGAACUUCAGUUUAACACUUCCAUUGCAAACUUGGUCAUACUUCGUGGGAAAGAUGUGCACAGUGCAGAUGUGGAGGGAUUUAAAGACCCAGCUCUCUACACUUCCUGGUUAGAGCCUGUUCAUGCUUUCAAUGUGUGGAAAACCCAGCGAGCCUUUAAUAAGUAUGAGAAGUCAGCGGCAUUGGUCAGCAACAGCCAGUUCUUAGUGAAGCCACUUGAUAUGAUUGUGGGUAAAGCAUGGAAUAUGUUUGCUUCCAAGGCCUACAUUCAUCAGUACACAAAACAUGGUAUUGAAGAAGAGGACUUUCUGGACAGUUUCACAUUAUUAGAACAAGUUGUUGCCAGUUACAGUAACCUCUGAUCUUCAACAAAGGGGAAAAUAUCCUAAGGCAUUUUUGAACUAAAAUAUUCUCAGUGCUUUCUUUGUCAAUGAUUCUUCAUACUGUACCCAGCUGGGGAAAUGGAGAAAACUUAAGAUGAAAGAUAGCACGCUUUCAACAGAACCAGUUACUUAUGCUUCUGGAAGGACACAGGUCCUCCCUGUGUACUUUGUGGAGAUGUUGGAACUCUGGAAGUAUCCAAGAAAAGGGAAUAUUCUGUUUGUUCAUAUGUUCCUAUAUUUUCCUUCUUUACACCAAAAAAGAAAGAUGAUUAAAUAAUAACUAAACUUUUUAUUACAGAAUUGCAAACUAAUAAUUUGGAAUUCUGCACUUGAUACUUGAAAUAACUGCUUUAACCACAAGAGGGAGACAUUGUCAAAUGAUAGUAUAAACACCUAUUUUUUAAUGGAUGAGAUAAGCUGAUGUUUUAUGCCUGUAAUCCUAGCUACUCCAGUA